AUGAUUUUAUUAUGGCUACUAUUAGCAGCGGCUGAAGCUCAGGAAUUGCUAAACAAUCCACGAUGUAAUCUACCGUUGGACCGAGGAACAUGUAUGCAGUUCACCGUAAAUUGGUAUUAUGACAGAUAUGCACACAGGUGUAGAGAAUUCCACUACGGAGGUUGCGAAGGAAAUGAUAAUCGAUUUAGAACGCUAGAAGAAUGUAAUGCUGCUUGUACUUACCGACCGCCAUCUAAUCGAGAUCGAUGUUUCCAACCGCACGAUCCUGGCCAAUGCAAUGGCGACUUUGAGCGAUGGUAUUUUGAUGCGAAUAAAAGGCAAUGUGUGUGCAGCUGGUGGUCAGGCUGUGGAGGCAACUCAAACUUAUUCUAUUCCUAUAAACACUGUAUGCUUAUUUGUGGCGAAUUCGCAGUAGGAGGUGCAGGUGUCGACGACAAAUACAUGAACCAUGUGCAGCACCAGUGGCAUCAGGGUGAGCCAACGCCAGAACAAUACGCGGAGUUCAGAAGUUCAACUGCACACAGCUCACACAGUGCACACAGCUCUUCGUUACAGUCCGGCUAUCAAUACAGCUCCCCGGCUGCAGGCCGUCGUUCUGGAUAUCAGAGACCAAAAACAGUCCAGCGCGCUCAUGGAGAGCGAAUUUAUCGAUACGACACGGGUCCUAUCCAAAGGCGUCAUCCCAAUGGAACAAUAACUGUAAAUCGGCAAGUUAUAUUCUACACUGGAAGCCAUCCUCCCAGGAUGGAUUUCAUACAGCAGCUUCCUGGGCUACUCGAUUUUAGUCGUGCGCAAUUUGUUCCUCCAACUCCUCCACCAGCUCCUCAAACAACGACAAUGCCUUCGCUUUUGCGGCGACGUCUGAAACAGCUUAUGAAAAAGAAAAUUCCUCCGAGGAGAAUACGUCCUCAAACAACUCCGAACAUAUCCUCUGUGGGUGACUCGAAAACCGAGGACAGGCACCUUGUUGAAUGGAGGGGUGGUUCGCUGCCUACAGUAGUUGUUCCAUUAAGGGACAAUCAUCAAGAGCUAGCACAAUCUAGACAACACCAGACGGAAUGGCGCGACCAGCCUAAUCCAAAACUAAUGCGGAAACCGCUAGAUCCACGGAAGGUCGAUUCAUUGUCACCUAUUCCCCUAGUGCUCCGCCGAGAAGUGCUAGUCAUGAAAUCAUACAGGCCACAGAGCCUCCGGACUCGCCGCAGUAAUUGGCAGGGUAACCCUACCAUACGCCCUCGAGAUAAUCCUACUCCUCCCUCAGUAAUUCCUCGCCGCCCGUCACCCACCGACAUCUAUGCUCGCCCUACAGAUGAUGGUCAGCGCCCGGCUGAUGUCGCUGCUUCAACUGGAAUCCAGAGAACUGCUGUCACUACGGCCAUGCCCGCACAAGCACAUCGACGGCAACCUGAUCACGAGGAUAAUAUCCGGGUUUAUAAUGUCCAUGCCUUUUUGACUUUACCUGAAGGGAAUGCUCAUAGGCCAAGCGAGCCAUCGAUUACACGUCCGAAAGUGGACUUCGAUGAAGUAAUGGCGAUUGAUUCCCAAGUUGAAGACGACUAUGAGGAGCCUGUGGAUGAUCUGAGUGAUAGCGACAUGUACAUCGGCUCUGUAGAG